AUGUCGUUUGGUGACUUUAACUCUGGGGUCCAGGUGGGGAUCAAUAAUGGCCCGAUCAAUGUGGGGAGCCGUCGUUUAGCCUACCAACGCCACAAGAACUUGAAUCCUUCUCGGGUCAGAAACACUUGCAACUGGUUCUUAGCUCAUUCCACUUUUUGCAACUGGAGAGACAGCGACCACAACGAUCUCUUAUGGCUUUCGGCAGACCCAGGAUGUGGAAAAUCCGUGCUCGCAAGGGCUUUGAUUGACGAACGACUCCUCGAUGACGGAUCCGCAACAGUCUGCUACUUCUUUUUCAAAGACAACGAGGAGCAAAAUAAUACUGCAACAGCAAUAUGCGCACUCUUGCAUCAGAUAUUCUGUGCUAAAAUGGAACUGUUUGAGAGAUACGCUAUUAAAGCAGUGGAACUACAUGGGGACGGCCUGAAAUCCGAUUUUCAUGCGCUAUGGCAGUUGUUGUUAUCUGCAACAAAUGAUGCGAGCAGUGCAAACAUGAUCUGCAUACUGGAUGCCAUCGAUGAAUGCCAACAGCCGGAUCGAGAAUAUUUCAUCAAAGAGCUGAAGGACUUCUACAUAUCUUCUCGAGAAAGUGUUGGCGCCGAGACUAAGCUGAAGUUUCUUGUCACUGGUCGUCCAUAUCGAGACAUUGAACUAGAAUUCCGCGAUCUAAGCAAACGGUUUCCAACUAUCCGAAUUGCGGGAGAGGAAGAGUGGAAAGCAAUCAGUGAUGAGAUACGCGUGGUUAUUGAUGCGAAGAUUGAAGAGAUGGAUUACUUUAGCGACAAUGUUCGAGCCGCCCUGAAGCACCGUCUUUCGAAUGUUACUCAUACAACAUACCUCUGGUUACACUUGGUACUGGAGGAAAUCAAACGAGAGCCUGGGAGAACAGAAAAGAAAUUACUUCGAGCAAUCUCUGUUUUGCCAGCAACAGUUGAGGAAGCAUAUGACAAAAUACUUAAGAAAUGCAAGAAAAGAAACGAGCAGAAUGCGAAAAGGCUGUUAGAGAUAAUUGUGGCUGCUAAACGCCCGUUGGGAUUGGAUGAAAUGGAUGUGGUCUUAGAAGUCCAAAUCGAUUCAAGAUCAUGCAGUGAUUUAGACCUUGAAGGGUCCGAGGCCAGAAAGGAUUGGAUUCGGGAUACGUGUGGCUUGUUUGUCAGAAUACAAGACGAACGAAUCUACCUCAUUCACCAGACAGCUCGAGAGUUUCUGCUCACAAAGGAACACGAGCUCCAGCAGCCACGAGGAUGGAAAAGUUCAUUGGAUAUCCGCCAUGCGCACCUAACUCUUGCGAAGGCGUGCAUUUCCUAUCUUCUUCUCGAGGAAUUCCAGGAAGGCCUUCAUCGGUUUUCUCGGAUAGAAUGGAGACAGGCACACGCAUUCCUGAAGUAUUCAGCAAAUCAUUGGGCACUCCAUGUGCGAAAUGCAAUAGGACCAAACGGCCUUCAUGGAGAUGGAUUAGGAAUCGGUUGGAUCAGAAAGGUAUUACACCUUUGCGAAGUGGGCAAUGGAUCAUCUUCUGUUUGGUUUCACCAUAGUCGUUGGGAGCCUUUACAGAGGCUGGACUUUGAGUCAUUGACUUGGAUCGGUAACCCCCCAAAGCCGUCAUUAUUUUGGGCAAUAAAGUUUGAUUUGGUACAUGUCGUCGAAUUCUUACUCAAGGAAUCAAACACAAUCAUCACGGAUGAAAUGAUAGAAUUGGCUGCAGCAAGCCAGGAGAGUGGAGACCGAUUGACAGAGAUUCUCUUGGAAAAAGGGGUUAGGAUCACCGAAAAGGCAGUACAAGCAGCCGCAGCGAAUGAGUCAUAUGGACAGGCUAUCAUCACGCUUCUCUUGGAUCGAAAAGGAGGAUACGUUAUGAUCACCGAGGAUGUGGUGCGAGCAGUCGCAACCAAUAGAUCAAGUGGCGAUGUCAUCAUGACACUUCUUCUGGAUCGAAGAGGCGACGAGGUAAAGAUAACGACAGGCGUUGUCCGAGCUGCCGCAGCGAAUUCACAAAAAGGAAAUGACAUCAUGAUAAUUAUAUUGGAUCGAAAAGAGGAUGUUAAAAUUACCGAGCAGGUGAUAAUUGAAAUCGUCCGAACCUUCAACAUCGGUAUGAUACGAAGCCUCUUGGAUCGAAGAGGGGAUGAAGUAAAGAUCACCUCGGGCAUAGUCCAAGCAGCUGCAGGGCACGGAUCGAGUGGAGCUGAUAUUAUGACACUUCUCCUGGAUGAAAGAGGACACGAGGUGAAGAUCACGCAAGCCGUGGUUCAAGCGGCCGCUAUGAAUAAAGCAGGAAUCGACGUAAUCACACGUCUGUUAAAUCGAAGAGAAGAUGUGGAGAUAACCGGAGAGGUGGUGGCUGAAAUCAUCCAAAGAUUCAACACAGUUGUUGUUCAAACUCUCCUAAGCCAAAGGGCAGACAAAGUGAAUAUCACCACUGCCAUAGUGAGAGCGGCGGCGGCAAAUUGGCAAAGUGGAAAUGCCAUCAUGAUGCUUCUGUUGCAUCAGAAGGAAGUCAAGGUGGAAAUGGACGAGCAGCUGGUUAUCGAGAUCCUGCAAAGUUUCGACGAAAAUGUUGUUGAAGCCCUUUUGGAUCGUGCGGGGGUUGAGAUCCAGGUAACCAGAGACGUGGUGGAACUAGUGGCAGCAAACUGGCAAAGUAGGAAUGCUGUUGAAGCACUAUACCUGCGUCAAAAUUGGGAUGUCACGGAAAUCUGCAAAGCACCCUCAUCUACGGCUGCAACAGUUGCAAAUCGGAAAAGUGCGAACUCCAUCAUGGAACUCCUGUUGCGUCAAAAAGGAGACAAAGUAGAGGUUACAGAGCAACUAGUGAUUGAGAUUAUCAGACGAUUUGACAUAGGUGUUAUUCAAACCCUUCUGGAUCGAAAGGGGAACACCAUAAAGAUCACGGAAGCUGUGGUAGAAGCAGCAACAACGAAUAGAUUAAGGGGAAACGCUAUCAUGGAGCGUCUCCUGAAUCUGUAUCAGAAGAGGGGGUGA